AUGGCGUCCGCAAGGCCUGUCAUGCGUCUGGGGAGCAGCCGCUCCCUGGUUGCCGCUACCAGACCCCCAUCCGUUUGCUUCUUCUCCGCAGUGGCCCCUUUACAGCAGGCAAAGGUUGUGUCCAACACAAACACACCCAAUAUGCGGGAAGCGCCUCGCCCAUCUGUUGGCGAACUCCACCGUGCCGUCGUCAAUCCCGUUGACAAAUAUGCCGAAAAAUCCUCAGCCCUACACAAAUACGGCCAAUACCUCAUAUCCUGUCUCCCCAAAUACAUCCAACAGUUCUCCGUCUGGAAGGACGAGCUGACUAUAUAUGUCCCUCCGUCCGGAAUCAUUCCGGUUUUCACUUUCCUCAAACAACACACCGCGGCGGAAUAUACUCAAGUCUCCGAUAUUACCGCUGUCGACUUCCCCACCCGCGACCAGCGCUUCGAGGUCGUGUACAAUCUUCUCAGCGUGCGCCACAACUCGCGGAUACGCGUCAAGACCUACGCAGACGAAGCUACCCCCGUCCCAAGCAUCACCGGUCUGUACGAUGGAGCGUUGUGGUACGAGCGCGAGGUAUAUGACAUGUUCGGCGUGUUUUUUGUUGGGCACCCGGACCUCCGGCGGAUCAUGACGGAUUAUGGAUUUGAUGGCCAUCCCCUAAGAAAGGAUUUCCCAUUGACGGGAUACACAGAAAUUAGAUAUGACGAGGAGAAGAAGAGAAUAGUCGUUGAGCCAUUGGAAUUGACCCAGGCCUUCAGGAAUUUUGAAGGCGGAACUUCUGCGUGGGAACAAAUUGGAGAGGGUAUCGACAAGAAGCCAAGCGAAUUCAAAUUGCCUACUCCAAAACCUGAAGAAAAAAAGGAGGAACCUAAAAAGUAG